AUGCCCGAUGACUCCCGUUCCCAGAAAAUGGGCCUGCUGGGUGCCAUUUCGUAUAUUGUCGGUAAUAUUGUUGGAUCGGGAAUUUUCAUCACACCGACUUCGAUUAUUAAAAAUGUACACUCAGUCGGUCUCUCCUUAAUCAUCUGGAUCCUGGCGGCUCUUAUCUCAAUGCUUGGCUCAUUCUGCUACGUCGAACUCGGCACAUCAAUUCGCCUUUCCGGCGGAGACUUUGCAUACCUGUACCCAGUCGCCUUCGCCUUUAUGUGUAUUGGUUGUACUAUCAACUAUCCGGCGACACUUGCCGUCCAGGCGCAGACAUUUGCUGAAUAUGUCUUCCGGGGAGCUGGAGUGGAGCUGGAUUCAACUUCUGACUUCUGGGCAAAGAAGCUUCUUGGCUUCUCCCUAAUCAUGCUGCUCAUGUUUAUGAAUUUCUUCUCACUAAAAACUUUUGUUCAACGAUUUUCCAUCCUUGCCUCUAUCGCCAAAAUCGCUGCGACCCUUCUCAUCAUCGUCACCGGAUUCUAUUUUCUUAUAUUCAAAGAUUGGUCUCAAAAUCUCCAAGCCCCAUUCACCGGAUCCCAUUGGAGUCCCGGACCGUUUGUCACCGCGUUAUUCGCAGGACUUUUCUCUUAUGACGGUUGGGAUAUUCUGAAUUUUGGAGCCGAAGAAAUCGAGAAUCCAAAGAGAACUAUGCCACUGGCUAUUGUCAUCGGAAUGACGUGUAUCGCUGUGAUCUACGUGGCAGUGAAUAUCGCUUACAGUGUGGUCUUGUCGCCUGCUCAGAUGAUUGCCUCGGAUGCGGUGGCUAUAGAUUUCGCUCAGAAGACGUUGGGGACUGCUGCUUUUGUGAUGCCAGUGAUGGUGGCUAUCCUUUUGGUUGGAUCCUUGAAUAGUACAAUGUUCUCAGCUAGCAGAUACCUCCAAGCCGUGUCCCGCCAAGGCCACAUCCCAAGUGCCAUCUCUGGAAUCGCCCCGAACUGUGACUCUCCACGUGUCGCUCUACUGGUUCAUAUCCUUAUCUCAAUGGCGGUUUCGUUCAUGGGCGACCCGGACAAACUGAUCAACUACGUCGCGUUCGCCCAAUGGUCCCAACGUGCGUUCACCAUGUCGGCCCUCCUCUACCUCCGUAUCCGUGGCCGUCCACGUCAUCCAGACCGUAUCCAAUUGCCAAUCAUCAUGCCGAUUGUAUUCUUCUUUGUGUGUACUUCAAUGGUCGUUAUCAGUAUUAUUGAUGACUUUACGUCAUCUGCAGUGGGACUCGGAAUUCUGCUCGGUGGACUUAUCAUCUUCAUUAUUUUUAUCUGGGAUCGUGCGCUUCCAUCGAUUCACGCUUAUAAGAACGCCUCUCAUAGUAUUAAUGAAGAGACCACCAAAUUCAUGCAAAUUAUAUUCAAUGUAGUACCGGAACGAGUUGGAGACGAGGAGAUGAAGAAUGCUAUCGGUGGAGCAGAAGCAUCAGCUUCAGAGUCAGAAACAGAAAAUGAGAAAUCGGCGACCGAUAAGAUCUCACCGCUAGAAAACGGGUUGGACAAGUGCACACGCAUGUAA